GUCGUGUUCGGCCAUGAGACAAUCAAUCAGACACAGACGGAUCUGGCGUUACAUAUAGCGCCAAUCCGUUCCCUCGUUUCCCACGUCCGCACGAAUUUAUAAGCCACUGAUCGGUCGAGCGCUCGACUCGUCUCUCCGUACCGUACGUGCGGCCACGAAGGUGGGCAGCGAUGGCCGGCGAGAGCGACGACCGGGGCGCCGCGCGCGCGCCGCACGUCGCGCUGCUCUCGUCGCCGGGCAUGGGCCACGUGGUGCCGGUGGCGGAGCUGGCGCGGCGGCUGCACGCUGAGCACGGAUUCACGGCCACCGUCGUCACCUACGCCAGCUCCGACUCCACGGCGCAGCGCGCGUUCCUGGCGUCCCUCCCGCCGGCCGUCGGCUCCGCGUCGCUCCCGGCCGUCCCGCUCGACGACCUCGUCGCCGCCGGCGCCGCCAUCGAGACGCUGCUCUCCGUCGAGGCCCAGCGCUCCGUGCCGGCGCUGGCCGCGCUCCUCGCGGGCCUCGGGAAGGACGGCAGCCUCGUCGCCUUCGUGGCGGACCUCUUCGGCGCCGACACGCUGCGGGCGGCGCGGGACGCCGGCGUGCCGGCGUACCUCUUCUUCCCCUCCAACCUGCUGAUGCUCUCCCUCAUGCUCCACCUCCCGCGCCUCGACGCCGAGCUGGACGGCGAGUUCCGUGAUCAGACGGAGCCCGUCAGGCUGCCCGGCUGCGGGGCCGUGCCCGGCGCCGACAUCCUGCAACCGCUCCAGGACAGGACCAGCGACGCCUACCGCUGGAUGGUGCACCACGGCGAGAGGUACCGCGACGCGGACGGCAUACUUGUGAACACGUUCGACGCCAUCGAGCCCAACGCGUCGGCGAUCCUCCAGCAGCCCGAGCCGGGGCGCCCGCCGGUGUACCCCGUCGGGCCGGUGAUACGGCAGCCUGACGACGGCGACGACGACGAUGCCACCGGCUGUAUCAGCUGGCUCGACACACAGCCCGACAAGUCCGUGUUGUUCGUCUCGUUCGGCAGCGGAGGUGCGCUGCCCGCGGCGCAGAUGGACGAGCUGGCGCGCGGGCUGGAGCUCUCCGGACAACGGUUUUUGUGGGUCGUGAGGAGUCCCACCGACAGUGGGGUCGACCCCGGUGCCAACUACUACGACGGGUCGAAGAGCAAGGACUAUCCACUCAAGUUCCUGCCAUCUGGGUUCCUGGAGAGGACCAAGGAGGUAGGCCUGGUAGUCCCAUCCUGGGCCCCGCAAGUCAGGGUCCUCGGCCACCGGGCCACCGGAGCCAUGUUGACGCAUUGUGGAUGGAACUCGAUGCUAGAGAGCGUGAUGCAUGGCGUGCCGAUGAUCGCGUGGCCUCUGUACGCCGAGCAGAGGCAGAAUGCAGUGAUGUUACAUGAAGAAACCAAGGUAGCACUAAGACCAAAGGUUCGAGAAGCGGAUGGGAUGAUUCUUGGUAAAGACAUCACGAAGGUUGUGAAUGAUAUGAUGAAUAGUGAAGAAGGGGAUGCAAUGCAUACAAAGGUGACAGAGCUCCAGAAGGCGGCAAGGAGUGGACUGGCGGCAGGUGGCAUGUCACACAAGACGCUUACCGAGGUGGUGACGAAGUGGAAGGAGCGUACAUUUGCAUGAUGAUGCCAUUUAUCAAGGCCAUCAGAGUCGUUAAAGGGUUGAUGUACGAGACCAAUUGUGUGUUGUAUGUUAUGCCAUAACUCAUAAUGUGUUUUGGAUGAAAUGGAUGCGAAGCAUGCAACGAUGAUUAUGUUAUUAUUCA